GCCAUCACCGUGGCAAGGCCGGCAGGACGCGCAAUGCUGCCUGUCCUGCUGAUCCUCUCAGGCCUGGGCCGGCUGACCUCCGCCGGCCAUCGUGAGUAUCCUGAAACAUCACUUCUACAAAUUACAGUGCCACGGAAGAUAGAGACAAACACCGAUGGUGAAGUUUCAGAAACUCAUGUCACUUAUGCCAUCAAAAUUGACCAGAAAGUAUACACUCUCCAUCUUGAAAAACAGUCAUUUUUAGACCCUCAUUUCCUUGUGUAUGCAUACAACAAAUCAGGAACAUUGUAUCCAGAUUCUUCAUUUAUAAAGGGCCAUUGCCUUUAUCAAGGAUAUGCCGCAGAGAUUCCAAAAUCAGUUGUGACACUUAGCACUUGUUCUGGACUCAGGGGAUUAUUGCAGUUGGAGAACGUCAGUUAUGGCAUUGAACCAUUGGAAUCUGCAGCUGCAUAUGAGCAUAUGCUUUAUCAAAUAAAGAAUAAUAAAACUGAGUUUUUGCCCUUACAAGAAAAUUAUCCCACGACCCAAGUGGUAGAUCAGUCCUACCGGAUACUUGUGAAAUCAGAAAAAAAAUCAGAUGUUGAGCUAUUGAAAAGAAUUCUGAAAAUUCAAAUCAUUAUGGAUAAAGCCUUGUUUGAUUUAAUGGGCUCUGAAGUAGCAGCUGCAACUGAGAAAGUUGUCCAUAUCGUUGGUGUAAUCAACACUAUAUUUUCCCAGCUUAAAGUGACAGUUAUGCUAACUUCUUUGGAGCUCUGGUCUGAUCAAAAUAAGAUUUCACUUAGUGGGGAUGCUAAUGAAGUACUACAAAGAUUUGUGUCAUGGAAAGAACAAUUUUUGUUUCAGAGGUCCCAUGAUAUGGCAUACUUAUUAAUUUAUAGGAACCAUCUUAAUUAUGUGGGAGCAACAUAUCAUGGAAUGGCAUGUAAUCCAAAGUUUGCUGCGGGAAUUGCUCUGUAUCCACAGAUGAUAACUUUAGAUGCAUUUUCAGUUGUUAUGGCACAGUUGCUUGGAAUUAAUCUGGGAUUAACAUACGAUGAGAUCUACAAUUGUUACUGCCCAGGAACUACAUGCAUAAUGAAUCCUGAAGCAAUACAUUCCCAUGGUGUAAAGUAUUUUAGCAGUUGCAGCAUGGAUGAAUUUAAGCACAAGGUUUCACAGCCUGAAUUUGAAUGUCUUCAGAAUAAAACAGUUUCAGAAGUGGUUCGCCAAGGAAGAAUGGCAAUUUGUGGUAAUAAAAUUGUGGAACCACCAGAACAGUGUGAUUGUGGUCUUCCAGAGGAAUGCGCUCACAAAAAAUGCUGUAAUCCUGUAAGUUGUACUCUAAUUGGAAAUGCAGAGUGUGGCAGUGGACCAUGCUGUGAUAGAAGAACUUGUCUGAUAGCUGAAAGAGGACGUUUAUGUAGGAAAAUGACAGAUCCAUGUGAUUUUCCAGAAUUUUGCAAUGGAACAUCUGAGGCUUGUGUACCUGAUGUGAAAUCUGCUGAUUUAGAACCAUGUAAUAAUAAUACUGCCUAUUGCUAUGAGGGAAUAUGCCGAGAUCCAGAUGUACAGUGUGAAGCAUUAUUUGGAAAAUUUGCUAAAGUUUCUACUUAUCUAUGUGCACAAGAAGUGAAUUUUCAAGCAGAUGAAUUUGGAAACUGUGCCAAACAUGGUUGCAAUUUUCGGCAUAUCCUUUGUGGAAAGAUAGUUUGUCACUGGACACAUUCACAGAUAGUACCAGUAAAAACUUUUAAUGUUCAAUAUACUUACCUUGGAGGCCAUAUAUGUUUGUCAGCAUAUUUGAGAAAUGAAACACAAUCUUCGGAGUAUGAUUUUACUCAAGUGCAUAAUGGCACGAUAUGUGGUCAAAAUAAGUAUUGUUAUAAAGGAUUCUGUAGAGAAAGAAGUGAGAACCCAGUAAAAACAAAUUGUGACUCAGUAAAAAAUUGCAGUGGACAUGGGGUUUGCAAUAAUAGGUUUAAUUGUCACUGUGAUGUUGGAUAUUCUCCUCCAAAUUGUUAUCUAAAACCAUCAUCACCAGGAGGAAGUUAUAAUGAUGGGUAUUGGUUUCCAGAGGAGAAAGGUCAAAACAUACCUGCAAAACGACAUGCUGCUCCUGAAAAAAAUGGCCUCUUAAUCAGUUUCUACAUUUUUCUACCUUUCCUUAUUUUAAUUGCCAUUAUUGCUCUUAAAUGGAAUAAAAUAAGAUUUUGGAACAGAGUGGAAACAGUAAGUGGAGAAUCUAUAUCAGAAGACAACAAUAGUAACAGCAAACAGUCAUCAAGUUAA